GGCGCACGGGCGCGGACGAGAAAGGGCGAAGGGUCAACCGAGGGAUGGGUGCCACAGGGGGAUAAGCGACUAUUCGCACUAUUAUGCAGAUGCCGUGAGACGGGAGAGACGCGGACGCAGAGGGACAGGGAGAAGGGAAAAAAGGCCUCCCUGCCUGGGUAAGCAAGCAAGGUGGAACGGAUGAAACGUAUGGGUGGUGGCGAGGGUAGGAGACAGGACCGGCAGCACGUAUAAAGUACGUACAGAGCGAGCGGAAUAUAGAAAGUGAAGGUGGAUGCGAUGUGUAUCUGUAUGUGUAUGUGUGUAUAUGGCUAGCCGUAUGUGCGCAUUGCGUGGCCCGGAUGCUGUGAUUGUUUAUCGGUCGCAUGCAGUGUGCGUGCUAGUACCGGAGGAAGAGACGAGGAACGAGGAGAAAAAGGGACCGCAGAGGAGAAACGUACCCAACUUGAGGUGGUAUGCAGAUGGACCACCCUACCAGGUCGCGGAGCGUGGAAGAACCACGAAGCCUUGUCGGGAUUCAGCUCCAGCGUGGUGCGGCCCUGUUUGGCAUUGCCCUGCUAGGGGGGUGUGGCUCUCGACCUCCACAGCUCGUGGUCGCACCUCUGCGGUGAGGGUGGGUAGAGCUGGCGAUCCACUACGGGUUCGUCCUUCAACAACACCCCUUCGUCAAUACGUAUCGUGGUUUAGGGCGAGGGAGGAGUGGGAAAGGGAGAGGGUGAGGGUGAGGGUGAGGGUGAGAGGGAGAGGGAGAGGCGGAGAGAGGUAGAGAGGAAGACAAGAGGUGGAUUUGAUGCAAUAAUCGUGUGGGGGGCACAGCUGGUGGAAACGGGGUGCCUCGUCUUCCUACCGG